AUGGCAGUCUCAAACGAGGAUUUAGUACAGCUCAAACAGCGUCUUAUCCGAACACGCCCACAAGAAUUUGUAGCAGGGCUUGAGUCUGGGGACAUCUGGCCGUACUCGACUCUCUACAAUACACUUGUAGACGUUGAAGGCAUAGACUCUGCUCGAGUGCUCACGUGCGAUGUUCUCUCGAUCUGGCUUCUUAGGUACACCCAGACGUUUAAGGUAGUAUCAAAGGAUUUACACACCGUUUCUCAAGAAAUCGCAUUAACUAAAGAUGCAGUAGACAAUCUUUUCCAAUACAUUACAGAUUUUUUGGAACACAAGUCUGGACCAUUUGUCAAUGCCUUGAGUGGAUUGUUAACUAAACUUGUAGAGUUGGUAAAGAACUGCUUUGUUACCGAAGAGACAGCGUUGAUAUUUCACGGAUGGGUUGACGUAGCAAUGGACUUGUCAAUCACCUCAAGAACAAUCUAUCAAUUAACUGAAGUUCUCGCUAAGAACAUUGAUCUGCAGUACAUUUUGACCAAGUAUCCAACCUUUGCUACAAACUGCAUAUCAAUGAUGUGGUCCGGUGCUCUUGCCAACGCCGCUAGCAAGGCUAUUGCCGCAGUCUACUGUGGUGUAUACACGAGAGGAAAUGAAGCCCAAUGGCUCGACUGUUGGCUGGAUAUUGUGGGCGAAGGUCUUAAAAACUUGGAGUUGAGGAAAAAUAUUCAAACUUACCUUCUUCCUUCCUUAUUCACCAUAUCUGCGGAAUCUUAUCCUUUAUAUAUGAAGAGACUUCAAUCAUCAAACUUGGCCACCGGUGGUACUACUGCUGAGGAUCUCGAUUUACUCGUUGGGGUUGCUAAAAUCGGACAAGAUUUGGCCAUUUCAGUAGAGCCUUUUGCUGGUGAUGAGCCAGUUAUCUCCAUGAAAUUGCUUAUUAAUAUGUUGACCCAUAGAGCUCCACAUUAUCGGAUUGGAUCAUUUUCACUUCUCGUUGGGUCGCCUAAGAGUUCUCAACCUAUCCCACAAUAUAUCUACAAUACAUUGAUAAACUACAAUGUGAUCGAAUCCUUCUUUAUGGAUCAUGAUGAAACAGACAUCCGUAACGACUUUUAUUCAAUCUUGAGGCAUUUCUUAAUAAGGGUCAAAGACUCUUCAUAUUCUCUUAAUAGAGAUAUGCAGAAGUUAAUUAAGGGAAAUCGUGACGAGGUCAAACAACAACAAUUGAAAGCCUUCAUUGAAUCCAACCAUAGAUUUAUGAACUGGUUUGUCGGAUUACUCCAGGAAAGUAUUACUCCAGGCUCGACCUACCCACAAGUGUCAUUAGGACUUCAGCUUUUGGAUGUACUUGUCUCGUUAGGAGUAGACUCAUCAGUAGACUUAACUGGCUCUUCUCUUAAACACUCCAAGGCUAUGAGUAAGAGCAUAAACAGUAAAAUGAAUUUCCCUUUUUCUAUUGACUUAUUUAACCCAACAAUGGUGAGGUUAUUGGCAGAUAAUGUCACCAAUAAUUAUGAAGAUAUUAGAGAUUCAAGUGUGAACAUUUUAUUGGCGUGCCCUAAUGAAAAACUUACCAAAUUACUUUCCAGUCCUAUUUUAUCUAAGAGCAUGGUCAUAUUAUUCGACUUAAAGGGUAGAAAGAGCGAGGGGGGAGCCAGAGUAUUCCAAUUUUUGGCACAGGCUUAUGACAGAGUCCAUGAUGAAUCUAAAAUCCAUCGCCUCUGUGAUGCUCUCAUGGAAAGAAUCGAAUCUGCUCUGGAUCUGAUUAUAGACGAAAAUAUCCAACCUGAAAACCGAGUACAAGGUGUAUUCACAGCAUUGAGGCUCGUAUUAUCAGGAAUACGAAAGGAAAACUUCACUCACGAAUAUUGGACUCCACUUUUCAAUCAAUUGAUUGGAAAGUAUUUCCCCAAGUUUUGGCACAGUGUUAAACCUAUUUUAUCAAAUGUUGCUGAAGAAUUAAAUGAAGUAGAUGAUAAACUUGUAUUGAGUUACAGUUGGAAGCUUGUUAAAGAGUCAACCGCCUUAUUACAAACCAUUCUCAACAUCAGCAACGGUCACCUCGAUAAUACAAAAUUCGUUCUCGCAGUGGAUAUGGUGAUCGACCAACUCUCUUCAGUCCAUCACCGUGGUGCAUUUUCCUCAGUAUACCCAACAUUUGUCACUUGCUGUGAAUUAUGCUUUAGACUGAAAGAUAAUACCGAACUUCCAGUUAAAUGGUUGAAAAAUAACGUUCAAUUGAUCGAAGAGAAGACCCAAUUUAUUAGUAGAAGAUCAGGUGGAUUGCCAUAUUUGAUCACCGGUAUCCUCACUGCGAACAAGAAUGUAAACAAGAAGAAGACCAGUGAUGGAUGCAGUGAAUUAAUGAAGUACUCCAUGUCAGAAUUACUCCGAAUCGCCAGUAUUCCAUAUAACCAGAAUGCUGACGAAAAGAUGGAUAUUCCUCAAGUUCAUGCAUUCAAUAGUAUGAAGCAUAUUUUCAUCGACUCACAGUUGUCCGAUGAAUGCAUCUAUUUUGUUCAAGAGGCAUUGACCUUAUCUUUGUUGAACUGUAAUUCGCCCACAUGGGCCAUUAGAAACUGUGCUGUUAUGCUUUUCACUGCUUUACAGAACAGACUUUUUGGUACCAAAAAGUUGGGUGAGAUCCUCCCUACUGUUAGUGCCAAGUUGUUUUUUGUCAAGUAUCCAGGUGUAUCUGAUAUUUUAUACACGAAUUUGGUAGAUCAAUCUACUAAUAUGGAGGCUGUUUUCCCCGUUCUCACCAUCUUAAUGCGACUUGAAGAAACUUCUGUUGAAAAACCUUUAUUAUGGAGAUACGAACCAUUAUUACACAACUUUUUGGAACAUAAAUUGUGGAAGAUUCGUGAAAUGGCUGCUCGUGCAUUGGCGGCAAUUAUAAAGCCGAACCAACUUAGUGAAUAUAGUUGCAAGCUAGUCAGCGAUUGUGAUAAUGGAUCGUUGAAUAGAAGACACGGAAGCUUGUUGACAAUUUUGGAGAUAUUCAAAAGAAUCAAGUUAAGGCUUCCAGAUGUGGAGGUCUCUUCUUCCACUAUUGAUAUGUUGAAUGAGAGAAUUAACUUGUUCAUUCCAAAGAGGGCUAGCACCUUCAGUUGGGCACCUGGUAAAGUUUUCGUCGAUAUCUUAUUAGCUGUGCAACCACGAGAACUUCCAAUACUGACUAUGAAUGUAUUAGGAACUUACAUUUUAGAUACUCUCAAUUCACCAGAAAGAAUUGAAGGUGCUAGACAAUUACUUUUAGCAGACUCAAUCGAACUUGUAUUGAAUCAACAAUUCAUUCAAGAAUCUUUCACUGAUGCCAUGGACUUGUCAAGAUUAUGUAUUCUUUCUGAUGGAAUCUAUGAAGCACAAUUGACUGCGAUUUCAUUGUGCAAGAAAAAUCUUAUUGAAAUAUCAAAACACGUUGAUUCAUUGGAAGUUUUGGACUUGUAUGAAGAUACUUGGAAGAUUGUUAGUGAUGAAUCAUGUUGGAGUUUAGUGAGGUCGACGGCAUUGGGAUUGUUAAAGUCGCUCUUACAUUACAAAGAAUUACAACCAAACGAAGUGGUACCCGUGAUUGAAACUUUGUUUGCAUUUACUGACAAGGAAAUGUAUAGUGAAGAUGUUAAUUCUAUGGCACUUGAGACUUUGGGUCCUUUAGUUACCGACGUGGUAGGAACUGGACAACAAAUCAUGGUUUCCAAAUUUUUGAAUCUCGUUUCUGGGUUUUCUCACGAUGAAAGACCUUUUACUGUUAGAAUUGCAGCCAUCAAGGCAGCCAUCUCAUUCCUUCUCAAAAUGGGUAAUGAUACAUCUAAAUAUACAGCGGAAGCCUCAUUCCUAGUGUAUACUGCAUUGAGUGACGACGAUGGUGAUAUUAGAGAUAUUGCGGCAGAUUAUUUUUCUUCAAAGUUUCAAUUUCAAUUUAAUUCAAAUAAUGUUUCCAUUACAAAGACUUUCUGUGAAUCGUACACAGAAAUCUAUAAGGAAAGUUCUGAAUCAGUUCUUAUUCUGAAAUUCUGUGGAAAUCCAACAAUUUCAUCCAAUUUGUCCUUGAUUUCAACGAAGGAGAAGGAUAUAGAUUCUCUCUUUGACAUUGAAAGUGUGAAUUUGUAUAGAAAUGAUGCCAAGCAACAUAAGCAAAUAUGUGAGAUGAUUACAAGCUUGAACAAUUCAGAAGAAUCAAUCCAAAAGUUAGAGUCAAGGGUCUUGGAAGAUUUGAAGGAUGUUCUUAAAUUUGUAGACACUCAUCAACAAGAUGGAUACAUUGGAUGGACUAGAAACGAUCUUACAUAUACAUGUGUACUUAAUUGCUUGGUUAGCUUACAAAUGAUGGGAAAGAUGCAAAAUACAAAACUUUGGAAGGAUUCAUUAAAUGAAUUCAAACAUGUCAGUACUAGAUUAAAUAUCCAUCCAUUAUUGGAAACUUUUAUAGACUAUUAG